AUGCAACAGGCUGUAGAACGAGCUUUGGACCGUGCGGACUAUGUCAUCGCAAGUGCCCAGCAGAGGCCUCCUAAAAGGAAACGCUCGUCGAGUGGGGAAGCAUCUCUCUAUGAAAAACUUUAUGACACGUAUGUGGAAGAAUGUGGGAAAGAGCCUGAGGCUCCGGAGGAACUAAGAAGCAACGUGAACUUGCUAGAGAAGCUCGUCAGGAGAGAGUCGUUGCCCUGUUUGGUGGUCAGCCUACAUCCGGGAGAGGGGGGAUAUUCGCUGAUGCUCGAGGGGAAACAGGGAGCGUAUUCGGAGACCAUUCGGCUGCCUUAUGAAGCAGGGGAAUUGCUGGAAUACCUGGAUGCUGAAGAAUUACCCCCUGCUCUGCUGGACCUCCUGGAAAAAUCUCAGGUUAACAUUUUCCACUGUGGGUGUGUCAUAGCACAGGUGCGGGACUACAGGCAGUGCAGUGGUGGGGAACCUCCCGGCUACCAGAGCAGGCAUAUUCUCCUGCGCCCAACCAUGCAGACGUUAGCCUGCGACGUGCAGUCCAUAACCAGCGAUGGCCAGGAAUGGACCCAGGAGGACAAGCUGUUGCUUGAGAGCCAACUGAUCUUGGCUACUGCGGAACCGCUGUGUCUGGAUCCUUCCAUAUCAGUAGCCUGCACGGCAAACAGGCUGCUCUAUAACAAGCAAAAGAUGAACACUCGCCCGAUGAAAAGGAGCUUCAAGAGGUAUUCUGCACCGUCUCUGAGUCGGCAGCGGGAGCUGUCCGGUUGCCCACCUCCUCCUGAGCUCAGAGUAUGGGCCUCUUGCCGAAAAGGCAGAGAGAGCCAAGCUGGGCAGCGGUAUGACCUCAAAAAUUCUAAAGCGGGCAGUUGUGUAGAUAUGUGGAAACAGAGACCCUGUGACUUGGCCGUCCCUUCUGAAGUGGAUGUGCAGAAAUAUGCCAGAGGGAAGAGGUCCGCCAGACAGGAUGUCUCACCUCCAGGAGUCUGGCCAGCCCACGAGGUGAGAGAGGGUGGUGCGUUUGGAUGUGAGGCUGGCGGCGAGCCUCAGACAACGGAGCUGACCUUCAUGCAGCCGCCGCUGCCGCCGAAUAAUCCACCUUUCUCUGGACCGAGAAGGCCCUGGAAGGAAGGCGGGUGGGAGGGACAGAUGUCUCCUCCGCACCCCUCCACAGAUGACCAUUCAGACAGUGUCCCGCCCGAGUCAAAGACUGCUGCUGGGGGGGUAGUCGUUCGGCCAGACGUGGUGGUCCCGCAGAAGGCCAAGUGUCCGGUCCCCGCGUCCCACAGCUCCAGCGGCUCAGCCGGCCUCAGCGGGCUUCCUCCCGGGAAGGACCCAGAACAGCCUGAGAUGGUGUCGGUUCGGUCUCCAGUCCAGGGCCAGGGCGUCAGACCGCCACCUCUACGCGUCAGACUUCCCUGGAGCUCAGGAAAGAGUUGGUCGGGGAACAGUUUUACUCCAUGGGAGGCCAGCAGCUUUCUUAAAUCUCCAUCUCCGGCUCCUGCUUCUAAGCCACCAAGUCUUUCCCAGCAGUCCUCCGUGGAUGUGAAUCGAGUUAACCCACUUCCUGCAGCCCUCCCGUCCUCUGCCAGCGCACCACAGAGGACCCCGGCGAGCCGGGUCACGGCCAGCUCUGCGGGCCGCAACCUCCGCCUCCCCAAAGUGGCGGGCCCCGGUCGAGGAGCGCAGACUUUGGCGCGGGGCUCCGGCCCCGGGCAGGGCUGCACGGCUGGCGCCACGGCUCCUGCGGGGGUCAAGCCCAGCAGCCUGCCCUCAGGAGCUCAGUCCCCCAGUGCGGUGCCCACGGCAGCGCGGGGUCCUCCGGUCCACGUUCAGUUUUUUUUAAAACACCCUUCCGGCCUCAGGCCAGUAACUCUACUGGAGCUUCCGCAAGAUUCGCUCCUUUUGAACACCCCGCAGCAGCCAGAGCAGCGGCUCUAUCAGUUGAUUCCCCAAGAACAACUUCAGCAAGCCUCCACUUCUGGUCCUCUGCAGCCGGUGCCACAGGGUUCAAGUGCACGAGGUGCCGCCGGUCCGAAAACGGCCUCAUCUGCUCAGCCGGCUGUGGUCCUUUGCCGGCCUGGAGAGGGGAGUGUGCCGCAGCCCCAGGCGGCGGUGUUGGCCGCGCUUGGCUCUGCGGAGAGCCACGGAAGGCCCCGGCAGAUCGGCCCUCGCCCUGCGCACCCACUGCCGCCGGCCCCUGCCUCGCAGCCACCGCCCCCGCAGCAGGCACAACCCUUGAGAAUCUCGCAGGGCCCCGUGGCUGUCACGACGGUGGCCGCGCAGACAGCUGGGCCGCCUCGGGGCCAGCAGGCCGCAAGCCAGUCCGGAGGUAAAGUGGACAGAGGCGCGCCUUCCCCUCCCAAAUCCUGA